CUACAAUGUCGAAAAUCGAUGUCCACCACCACUUCUAUUCCACUGCCAUCACAGAGGCCAUUGAAAAUGCCGGCGGGGAUCCUUCCGGCUGGACUCUUCCCCCCUGGACCAUAGAAGCCGACAAAGAAAUCAACGUCGCGGUGGGAACAGAUAUCGCCAUCCUCUCUGUGACUGCUCCAGGCGCGUGCAUCGAAAGCAACCCAGUCAACGCCGCCAAGUUGGCUCGUCAGAUCAAUGAAGACGGUGCGGCGAUCCGAGACGCCCAUCCCACCAAAUAUGGCUUCUUCGCCUCCCUGCCUUCUUUACUCGACACUGACCUUGCCCUCGGCGAGAUUGAGUAUGCCCUCGAAACUCUCCAUGCCGACGGGGUGGUGGUCUUCACCCGCUAUGGUGAAGACUACCAUUACCUUGGCCAUCCAGACUUCCAGCCCAUCUGGAAGGAAUUGAACCGUCGCAAGGCCGUUGUCUUUGUCCAUCCAACCCAUCUGGCUGAUACUAGACUCAUCAGCCCUCACCUCCCGCAGCCGAUGUUCGACUACGCCCAUGAAACGGGCCGCACAGCCAUCGACCUCAUCACCAGCGGCGCUCUUGAAAAUGCCCCAAACUGCAAGAUUAUCCUUUCGCACGCUGGUGGGACUUUGCCUUAUCUGAUCUAUCGCGUUGCCGGCAUGAUUCCGCACACCCCGUUUACUAUAGGGAAGACCACCAAGGAUUUACUCACCCUCGCAAAGCGCUUCUACUUUGAUACCGCCCUCUCUGGCUCAAAGAUGACGCUGGACUUGCUGUAUUCCUUUGCUUAUCCAGGUCAUGUACUCUUCGGAUCCGACUUUCCUAAUGCCCCAAGGGAGGGGAUCGAGUAUUUCUCUGCCAUGUUCGAUGCGUACAGUGACGACCAUCAGCGGAAUACCAGGGAGGCAGCGCUGGCGUUGUUUCCAAGGUUUCGAUGA